ACUACAAUCAGUUUUUGAUGACAGUUUAAAAAACAAGUACUAUAAAACUGCUCGUAAUCUACGACAUUUUUUAAACGUGUGAACAAAUUUGUGGACUGAAAUCAUGAAACUAGCGACCCUUGUCUCUUUGGUGCUUUUGGCUUACUGCAUUGCAGAAAAUCCAGUAGACUAUCGUAUACCUUUGUCUACCUCAUGCACACCCAGGGAAUGUACUAGUCCUGGACCUCUCUGUGAAACAUGUACCAGUUUGGUAGGAUGUGUUGAUAUAGGGAAUGGUACUUACAACAAAACCCAACUGGGAAAUUGUAAACCUCCAUCAUAUUGUGUCGUCGAUGUCUGUGAUAGCAACCCUGACCCUUUUUGUUCUGGAGUUACUGAACUGCCAUUUGAGUGUCAUCAAGUGGGAGUUUUUCCGCACCAGUUCUACCACAACAAAUUUGUUUAUUGUUAUAAAGAUGGGGCAAAUUUCAAAAGUAUAUUGAAUGAGUGUGAAGAUGGUUAUACCUUCAAUGUAGCUAAUGAUUUAUGUAGCGAACAUGCGGAAAAUGCAGAAUGUCCACAUGCCCCUUAUCCAGUACCGCUAUGUAACCGUACUGCGCAAUCUGGAGCUAUCGAAAAGAAACCAGCCAUGUACUAUAUUUGCAAAGAACGAGUUGUAAACAGUAGUAAAACUUUUUUGUAUCCAGACUUAUAUCUAUGUCCUGGAGCGGAGACGUAUGUGGAUUUUACAUGUAGUUAGCUAAAAUGUAUUUAUUAUUAUGAACAUCUAUUUUGAAAAAUAAAACAUUUGACCCA